AUGGAACCCCUCUGGGGGCAUCUAGGUCAGUCGCACAACGGCCAACGUCAGAAAGCAAGGGCAUACGUGCCUAGCGCUGCCAAAAUGCCUUUUGCUCUCAGUCAUACCUUCCUCGCAUGGACCAUGUGGGCGGCAGUGAGCGUGGCUCAUGUCACAAUCCCUUACAUUCCAACACAUGCCUUCACUUCAUCACAGGUAUCAAACACCAGCGACCUUGUCUACAUCUUCCAACCGAUUAGCGAUCAAUCGGCGGUUCAGCUUCUCGCUCUCAAUUUGUCGUCAACGAUCAAUCCUAGCAGUCCUGAGUAUACUGUUCUCUCCGAUGACGUCCCCUUCUCCGCCGGUGGCGAGGCGUAUGUACCGAUGCUCAACACGAAUGGAUCCAUAAUGGUGUUUUCGGGCAACUGUAACUCAUCACAAGAAGCACCACGCUUGUGGUCAUUUCAACUCGACGAUAAUAGUUCGAUAGGGAAUGGCACAUGGUCAUCAGUAGCAGUCAAUGGAUCAGGCACGAAUAUCACAGGUCCGGGAUACCUCGCCAGCGGGUUUGCGUACAAUUCUUCAAAUGACACUUCCUCCGAGUACUACUCUUUUGGGGGUAUGUGCCCAUUCGCUGAUGGCAACGAGUCGGACUGGACCUCCAACGCAGUCUACUCAAACGAAAUGACUGCAUUGACUGCACAAAAUACGUCGACAAAUUCAUUCAACUACAUCUUACAACAAAGUGAUUCCUCGAAUUCGCCUAUUGCAGAAGCCGGUUAUACCGUCACACCCCUUCAAAAGACGAGCUCGACGACUUCAGGAGGCGUGGUUGUGCAGCAAGAAAGUUUCCUUGUUAUUGGAGGCCAUACGCAGACCGCGUUUCUGAACAUGUCUACUUUGGCUCUGUUUUCUCUACCGCAAGCUAGCUGGUCCUAUAUCUCCAUAGGCGCCACCGUGGAUACAGGUAGAACCGACCUUGCAAUCCGUGAUACCACUGAUAUUGAGCCUCGAUCCGGCCAUAGUGCUGUAAUGUCCUCAGACGGAAGCAAGAUUAUUGUCUAUGGCGGAUGGGUGGGUGACACUAGCACACCGGCUGAUCCACAGCUUGCCAUUCUUGAGGUUGGCGAGGACUAUGGCGGUUCGGGAGAAUGGACAUGGUCAAUUCCGGAGUCUACUGGCUCUGGGCCUGCAUCGGGAUCUGGUAUCUUUGGGCAUGCAACCACGAUGCUCGCUGGAGAUGUGAUGCUGAUCUCGGGUGGAUAUGUGAUACCAGCGUCGUCAGGCACGACGAAGAGAGCUUCCUCGGAAGGAUUUCAGUCAAGCUCCCAGGCAUAUCUUUAUAAUUUGACCUCGAAUUCAUGGGUAUCCACGUAUACGGCUCCAAAUCCUUCGGACACGAAUAUAAGCUCUCAUAGCAGUGGCGCACUUUCUUCCUCUGGCGAAAAAGCCGGACUUGGUAUAGGCAUUUCCGCCGCAGCAAUCGCAGUCGUGUGCAUUGGUUACUUUUACUGGUCAAGAAAGCGAUGGACUCAUCGUCGACAAAGGGACCAAGAAUUACGGAAACUGGCACUCGGUGCAGAACGGUCGAAUAUAUGGGGCGAGCCUGGAAUUGAAUCUAGUUAUCGCGGCCCAAGCGAUGCCGUGCUGCGCAACUCGAUUAUUGAGAAUGUCUACUCUUCUGGGCCGAGUCAUCAGUAUAGUGCAGUACCAGUUCCCGGUAGCAACAAUAAAACGGAAGCUGAAAGAAGUGGAUUGCUUUACGAUGUACCUAGUCCAUCGAGAGGUCUUCGCAGAAGCCUGUCUACUCGACCGCAAAGGGUACAAUCAGCGAACUGGUAUGAGGAUAACAGAAUGAGUUAUAGGGCAGGUGCUAUUCAUCCGAUCGAUGAACAGGAGGAGUAUGAGACACCGCCUGAAGAAGCCUCUGAAAGAAGGCCAGAAAGCGGAAGCUCGGAGAGUAGUACCAACAACCGAUUCUCUGACCCUUUCAAAGAUCCAUCUCCUUCGCCUACACGUGCACCUCUGAUAGCGUUUCACGAGGAGUCAACGCAUCAGCAUGAAGGUGCCGACGAAGCGUCUAUACGCUCAGGCGAGUCUCGGGGCACAUCUCCCGACAAGAGCGAGAGGACGCAUUCCGACUUGUCAGAGUCAUCCAGAUCUGGAAUAUCGGAAUUUUCUAUUCAAAGAUCAAACAUUGGAUCUCAGAGAAGAUCUACACGCCUCUUUCAAUCAACUAUCCCAACGCUGGAACCGUCACAUUAUGAUGAUAAUGGCAGUGGACGCACUUCUCCAGAAAAAAGCUCCCAGCAUGCAGUUGAAGGGAGUAGCAUGAGAUGGCCAUUCGAGCGAUCCGGAACAGUAGACUCACUCUCUACAUCCGCCAGUCGCCACAGACGAACUCCUCUAGAAGGGGACACCUUAUUAGGGUCAGGGCCGGAGUGGUCCACACCUCCAGAGUCACCAUCACGGUUCUCCGAUCGAGAAAACAGACCCAACAGUAACAACUCCCAGACAUGGAUGGGAAGUAUUCGAAAGACCUUCUCCAAUGCCCGCAAAGUUGUCCUAUCGAGUUAUGGUAAUAACUUUCCGGAGGACGAGCGCGCUUCCCCGGCCAUGUUUGAGUUUAACUCCCCUGUGGACUUCGACGAUGACAACGGGCUAUCCCCACAGAUAUCGCGCCGAGCUUCCAGCGCGUCAGUAGUAGCGCAUCAUCAAAGACGGAAACAAGGACCCAAAGACUGGGCCGUAGACGGCCGAUCCUCUCGACAAAGUGCCACCGGCAUGUCAUCCUCAUCGCGUCGCCAAAGUCGUCGCACAAACGAUCUUCUCGACGACAAUGAAGCAGAAGAAGACGAUGCUUUCGACGACCGACUUGAUGUUAUUGAUGAUGACCCGGAUGAGCAUCAUCGCGGAGGUGGCAGUAGUAUCGGUGCAACGGACGACGAGGAUUGGGACGUCGAACUUGCCGCGGAAGGACGAUUAGUUCAGAUUACAUAUACAAUCCCAAAGGAGAGACUGAGGGUUGUUAAUGCUGGGGCUGGUGAUCGCGUUAUUGGUGAUGAUGUCUCGGAGGUGGUCUCUAGGACGUCUCAGGAGGGGAGGUGA